ACGGCCGCUCAGACCCGGCGGCUUUUAUCAGCUGUCCGAUAUUUCAUCAAAGUAAGUUGUUGUAGCGGAGCUGUUCAAACCUGCAGGUUCAUAACAACACGGGCUGGUCUCAGGUCAGGACCUGCAGACUGCAGGGUCGGCUUAUAACCGCGGCCGGCGGAUUGGUUUCGUCUUAUUUUGGCGCUGAUGGCUGGUUUAUCUGAGGUCAUAGUGAACCCAGUGGCUCCUGUGUGUGUGUGUGUGUGUGUGUGUGUGUGUUGCUGUGUUGCUGUGUGUUCACAACAGUUGCAUCACUGCGGUUGCUUCGCUCCAUCAUAAAGUUUAUAAAACUGACGGAGACUGGACCGGUUCUUUCUACUGUCUGUUGACCAGAUGGACGGCCAGCCAGCGGCGAUCAUGGAGCUGAAGCCAUGCGUCGAGUACCACGACCUGGAGGCUGCAGAGGCGCUCGUCAGUAUGAGCUUCUGGGGUCAAAGGUCGCACAAUCCCCGCCCACUGACCCCCACCUCUGACUCCUGUGACUCCAUCCAGCUCCACCCAGAUGGAGGGGACACUCCCAAAGACCUGAUCGCUUUGUCCUCACUGUGUAUGACUCCACCUCACAGUCCGAGCUUCGCAGAGGCCUCCACCACCACGGUCCUCACCGUGUCCUCCACUAUGAGCCCCACCUCCAGACCAAUCUUAUCAGGCCUGGGGCUCAGCAUCAGCCCCGCCCUCCUAAGUGACUCCCACACUGGCUUCCCCCAACCCUCCCCCUCGUCUUCUCCUUUCGCCUCAGAGACCUCAGUACUUCCACCUCACACAGAGUCGUCCUGCGUGGCUCCGCCCGGCAGAGCCAUGGCCACCAGCGUCAUCCGCCACACUGCUGACAGCCUCAGCAUUGCUCCCCCUCCACCUCAUGCCCCUUCCUCCUCUCAGCUGACAGAAACCUCCACAUCGUCUCAGCCGGGACCUCCACAGACACUUCCAGAGGAGAAGGACGGACCUCCUCCAUCUCCCCACAGCCCGUCCUCUCCUCCCUCCUCGGCAUCUCCUCAUCACUCCUCCCCAGUGUCUUCCUCCCACUCUUCCUCUCCGGUCUCCUCCUCUCCAGUCCUAUGCCAGGUGUUCCCAGUGAGUGGCCGGACGGGGAUGAUCUCCGCCUUCGUCCAGGCUCCGGUUCAAGUGCAGACUCAGGGGGGGCCCAAGCCCAUCCUGCCCCAGUCCUCUUCUAGCUUCACCCAGUCUCUGCUGGUGGGCUCCGCCGUGCCACAGGGGACCGUGAUGUUCGUGGUCCCCCAGCCGCCCAUGUCCCAGCCCCCGCAGGGCCCACAGACUGUCAUGACCCUGGGCAACACCAAGCUGCUCCCCUUGGCCCCGGCUCCGGUUUACAUGCCAUCAGGGGCAAGUGGCGGCGGCGGUAGCUCACAGGCCGACUUCUCCCGCAGACGAAAUUAUGUCUGCAACUUCCCCGGCUGCAAGAAGACAUAUUUCAAGAGUUCGCACCUGAAGGCUCACCUGCGCACACACACAGGUGAAAAGCCGUUCAGCUGUCACUGGGAGGGGUGCGACAAAAAGUUUGCCCGCUCUGAUGAGCUUUCCCGCCACCGCCGAACGCACACUGGCGAGAAGAAGUUUGUCUGCAACGUGUGCGACCGGCGCUUCAUGCGCAGUGACCACUUGACCAAACAUGCCCGACGGCACAUGACCACCAAGAGAGCAUCCUCGUGGCCCGCCGAAACCGGAGACCUCAACAAAGUGGCCCUACCCAAGGGCCAAAACAGAGGCCCCGACACUUCCUGUUGGCGUGCUCGUUCCCACCGCAAACUAACAGACUCAGUCAAGAGCCCACAGGGCCAACUCAGGACCCUGGGAGGGGUGGGGGGGCAACCAGACACUUAACAGUUAAACUUGCUGGUUGUUUCAAUCAGCUCCACCAGCCACAUCAGGACGAUCUUUUCUACUUUACAAAUCACAUUUGGCUGGUGAACACAGUGAAGGCAAUGACUGCGCCCCGGCUACGUUUACACAAAGACCUCAGACCAGGGUCUUUAAACAUGGUAAACUCUGGUUAUCUGAAGUUAGGUUAAGAUGGAUGUCUUGUUUUGAAUUGGUUACUGAGGUAUGGAAACCAGAUCAGUUAUCGUCCAAGCAUCUGUUCUACAAGUCUGAAAGUCUGCAGACACACCAGCACCCCCUUGAGGCUGAAAUAUUUAUUACACACCAGUAGGACUGCACCUAACGAUUAAUCUGAUGUUCAUUUUUAAAAUGAAUUAUAAUUUACCACAGACCAAUGUGACAUCUUAAAAUGUCUGACCAGCAGUCCAAAGUCUAGAUCUAGAGACAGCAAACAUUGGUAAUUAUGCUUUAAAAAAAGAAAAGACGAAUUAUAGCUUGAUUUCCAAAAUAGUUGCUUAUUAUUAAUUCUGCAUCGACUAGUUGACCAGUUGUUACAGCCCUACACUCCAGUAUUUCAGUUAAUGUACCAAGUUACUUUUCACCACUGAUGCUAGUGCAGCUUUUAGUAAACUGGAGACUUCUUAUUCCGUAAGCGACCAAGCUAACGAAAACUAGUGAAAAACUUUUUCCUCUUCGGUAACUCUUUAUUUAACAAAACAAUCAAUCUUAAAAACAGAAUGUCAGGCGGGAUUAAACAGUCCGGUUCAGAAAAAAUGCAAAGAAGUUCGGGGAGAUAUUGUAACCUUAAAGCAGAUGUAAGUUCACGGCAGGCUAGCGUGUUAAUCGUUAGCUUACCGGUUAACUUAAUUCAGACACUUUUUAGGUGUAUUCAUUCCACAGUAAUUCAAAUUAUUAAGAUUUAACACGUAACAUAAUAAGUAUUGUAAUUUAAUGUUAAAAUCUAGAUAUUCUGAGUUUAGUUCAUGUAGACGUAGCCGGAGCAGCCAGCGGAGGACAGAGCAAGAUUCCCGCCCUGCUCAGGACAUUUUAUUUCCACCAACCACAAACUCACCGAAGACGAAGAAGAGGAGGAGGAGGACAGGAAGGCGACAGGCUGCUAUUCAUCCACGGACAGAAACCAACAAAAACCUGACAUUGCACUGGAUUUUUUUAAUCUUGCUUGUUUUUGUACUCUCUCUCCGUGUAUAAUCAUGUUUACUUCAUGUGUAUAUGUCAAGUUUAGCAAAAUGUAUGCACUCUUUUUAUUUUUUGCCAAAGCCUCUAUAUUGUGCUUCUAUUGUUAGCCUACUUCUGUUUAUUUGUCUGUGACUGUAAAUAUUGUAAAUAUAUUGAUAUCUAUAUGAAUGUUAUGUGUAUUCCAAUCUGCAUUUAUUGACAGUACGAGUUAUUGAUAUUUUAAAAAUGUCAGUGGACAGUAUUCCUCACUGUGAUACUACCUACUAUCUUUGCUUUACACAUUAUUAUUUAAUAAAGAUUUGUUGAGGAAAAAAGUGCUGUUUUUGAUAGCUUGAUUUGGCCCAUAGUGUAGCCAGUAAGAAAAUACCUCAUGUUAUUAAAUGUUAUAAUAACGGCUUUUAUCUGAAUAAUCCCAUUUCUGAACAUUUGCCUGUAAGCGAUGGUGAAGAAUAUGGCUUUUAUAAUAAAAAUUUACCACAAAAACA